AUGAAAGAUUCAAUUGCUUUGUGGGUUCCAAUCGAUAUCAAUGUUAAUGCUGAAGACUACCAAAUUCCAACCAUUGAAAACCAGAAGGAUGCAUUGAUGGGAUUGGUCGCACCUGCUGAAGAGGGCGAGGAUUUGAAUGGUGACGGAUCCGAUGAUGACAACAACCACUUUGGAAGAAGAGGAGCAAAACAAGAGACAGAUCCAAUGGAGAAACUGAUUUCAAAGAGAUUCAAAGAGUUUGUUGCACCAUGGAUUGACGUCAUGAGUUAUUCACACAAUGUCUCCUCUGAGGCUGGAAAGAGAGGUAAACCACAUGUUGGUGAAUUGACAUGCACCAAAUUCACUUGUGACCGUUCGCCAGCAUUCAACUACAUGUCAAUGCGUGGUGAAAUCAUUCCACACAUCAUCCUACGUUUCAUUUUAAAGUCAUCGAAUCGUGUCUUACCAAUCAUCGAGUAUGAGAUGCAUCAUGUCCAGAUCACCAAUGUAUCGGUCAGUGGUGGAACCGGUGGAAAGCCAGUCGAAACACUAUCAUUGAAUGCAAAGAUCAUUAUCAUCAAGAAUAUCAAACUCAAUUUGGAGACUGGUGAAUUUGAAACCUACCAAGUUGCCAAGUGGGAUCAGUUGAAAGGAACCGGUUCAAAAACACUCUAUUCCAACAAAUCCGGAGCCAAAGGAACCAGCAAGACACUUUUGGAGAUUGCCAAGAAGAGUUUGAUGGUCGAUUUAGAUUCACACGAUCCAUCAACAGUUGCACUCCUCAAGGAAAUGGGAAUCGUCACCGAAUAUGAAUUACCACAAGACAGUGCAGUCAGUGAAGAAGAACUUACCAACUACUCUAAGGUUUUAACUCACAAAGACCCAAUUCUCUACCAAAUCUUCAAAACACCAAAGCCACAGACCAUUGAAAACUACAAGAAGACCAUUGCCGAGACUCUCUCAAUUCCAGUCGAUACCAUCAAGAACUUGUAUAAUGAAACCACUGGUAUUUUAAUCAAUGAAGAAAAGUUUUUGAAAAUAUCAACUUCUUUUAUUGUACAGAAAUCAGAUGGAAAAACAAUUGUUAUUACAGUACUUAGAUUCAGGUCAGAUAUAGUUUUACAAGUUGUUGUUGACGUAUUUAUAUUCAUUUCAUCAGCAGAAAAUGAUAAAUUCUAA